CCGAAGACGACGAGAACGCGACGUCGCGGAUUGCAAUUGCAUUAUCACUACUUGACAGAGAUACAACAUUUCUAAAUACCGCAUAUUGACAGGGAAACAUUAAAACCGCAAACGGUGAAAGGACGCAGUAAUGUCGAAAGCUGGUGGGGUAAAGGGUGCCGCGGGUGCGAAUGGAAAAGGGAAAAAGGGUGGUAAUGGAGGAGGAGGGAAAAAAGAAGACGAGAGAGAGGAGAGGCUGCAGGCUGUUGUAUGUUUUCUCUCUUAACCCGUCUUGUUGUUCUUUGGGGGGCCUCUGGACUGGCAAUUGGCGAGGGAGCCGUUUGAGGUGUGCGAGAGGGGCAGAGAGUGUGAGCUUGAAGGGGGAUUCAGAGUGGGGAUGUUCAGAGAUGGCGAGGGAGGGGGGGAGGAGCAAUCGAGUGAGCGAGAGAGGAAACAUGUAUGCUAACAAUGGAAUAGGUACUAGCCGACUCUUUUGAGACGAGGUUUAACCCUUUCACUUUGGAGAGACCUAGGGUGAGAAUACCUACGAAUGUUUUUAUGGGCAGGCCACGAAACGAAUGUACUGAGACUUAUCCGGUUUCUUGAAAGCGCUCCCGUCAUGGGGCUCAUACACGUUCGCCUGGCGCAUAGGAGAAUUGAAAGGAUAGCUACACAUAUCAGGAGCUAACAAUUGUGAAUAGUGCCUCCUUCCACUAGCAAAUACACCUUUAAUCGAGUAUACCCUCGAGUUCCUCGCAAUGUCAGGAGUGGCAGACAUAUACAUCUACUGCGGCGCUCACACCGAGGAAGUCGAAAAGUACAUCCACGCCUCGAAAUGGUAUCCUCUCAAAUCGGCCGCCUCACCUUUCAACUCGCUCGAAAUCGUCAAGACGACAGCCCGCUCUGUGGGCGACGCUCUACGAGAUCUUGACGGACGGGAUUUGAUCACGGGCGACUUUUUACUUGUGCAUGGUGAUUUGGUCUCGAAUUUACCGAUUGAUGCCGCACUUGCGGCUCAUCGAGCCAGGAGAAUUGCAGAUAAAAACGCGAUUAUGACGAUGAUAUUGAGAACUGGAGGCCUGGAGGAACAUCGUACCAAGAGUAAAGGUAUCACGCCUGUUUUUGUGAUCGAUCCAACCCAGAACCGAUGUAUACAUUACGAGGAAAUGAAUCCUUUGCAAGCGAACAAAUACGUUAAUCUCGACCCGGAUCUACUAAAGGAGCAUACUGAGAUGGAGAUCCGAACCGAUUUGAUUGAUUGUGGGAUCGAUAUUUGCACGCCUGAUGUUUUGGCUUUAUGGGCAGAGAGUUUCGACUAUGAGGUCCCCAGGCGUCAUUUUUUGCAUGGUGUUUUGAAGGAUUAUGAGCUGAAUGGGAAGACGCUGCAUACCGAAAUUGUGGGAGAUCACUACGCAGCUAGGGCUUGUAACCUCCAGGCUUAUGAGGCGGUUUGCAAGGAUGUGUUGGCGCGGUGGACGUACCCACUUGUUCCGGACAGUAAUCUGCUUGCGGGACAGAGUUAUAAGUAUGAGAGAGGCGGUUUAUGUAAGGAGAAUGGUGUUGUGUUGGCAAGAACUUGCAAGGCGGGGAAGAAAACCAUUCUAGGGAAGGAUACUAGUAUUGGGGAUGGGAGUCUGGUUUCAAACAGUAUCAUUGGGAGAAGGUGUAAUAUUGGAAAGAACGUCACCAUUAAUAAUGCUUACAUCUGGGAUGAUGUUAGUAUCGGGGAUGGGUCGACAGUUGAUAGGGCCAUCAUUGCCAAUGAGGCAGCUAUUGGCAAGAGUUGUACGAUCCAGGCUGGAGCUCUCGUGUCGUACCGAGUCAAAAUCGACGAUAAUGCUCAAAUAGCACCUGGCUCACGCAUCACCCGAGCAAAGAGGAAACUCAACAACAGCCCGGAAGACGCCAAAGCUACUGAAGAAGUUCCCUCAGAACCAAGUCUCGUCGGCGCCGAAGGACAAGGUUACCUCUUCGAAGACGAAGAUGAAUUCUCCGAUGACGAGGAAGCCGCCUUCCACUCAACCCUCAUCUACAGUACCGCCCACCUCAACAUCUCCUCAGAAUCCAUCUCUACCCUCUCUUCCGAAGUCAGUGAGCCGCCACCAACAAACUCCCGCUCACGUCUCUCCUCGUUCGCGGGCUCUAUCUCUGAUGAUGGCGAAGGCGGAACCUCAAACGAAGGUUUCCAUCAUGACGCUGUAGACGGUCUCCUUACAGCCCUGAAGGAAAAUAGUUCUUUGGAAGAUGGAGAGAGUUCAAAACUCGAGUUUACUGGUCUUAGAUUAGCGCACGAUGCUACGGAUCAUCAGAUCAGAAGAGCUAUCGCUGUUGCAUUCUCAAAGAGAAUUUGUCAGCUUGUUGAUGAGGGAACGGAUGUUAGCAAAGCUUGUGUAAAAACCUUCGGUGUUACAGGUGCGGAGAGAUUCUUAAAAACUGUUGCUGUGAGUGGGAAUGCCGAGGCAGAUCAGGUGGAUUUCCUUGCAUGCUUGGAGAAAGAUCUUGGGCACAGGGCAAAGGGAGAUGCGGUUCUUGCGGGGAUAUGUCAAAGACUUUAUCAGAUGGAUGUUGUGGAGGAGGAGGCAGUUUUAAGGUGGUGGGAGGAGGGAGGUGGGGAGGAAGGAUCAAAGGGCGAGAAUGAGAAGAAGGAGGGUGAGGGUGAGGUCAUGAAUGUCAGAGGAAAAACGGGGGUUUUUAUCGAGUGGCUUGAGAAGGCGGAGGAAGAGAGUGAGGAGGAUGAGAGUGAGUAGAUAUGCUGUUGGUCUUGAGAAUUGUGAUGUUAGGAAGUGGCUAGAUGGCUGCUAUAUAGUGGUGAGCAUGAGAAUGAGAAUACAAAAGUAAAAUCAACG